GUCAUGACAGAGAUGUCUACAUCGCAUUCAUAAUGGCUGCCAUGUCUAGAAUUACAGAUAUGAUCAUGUCGACUGAAGAAGACUUCCUAAAAUCAAAUAAUAUUCCUCCCCACAAGAUUCUUUCUCUCUCUACAUGAUCUAAUGGGCUGUGAUUAUUUUUUUAAUGAUUCGUUUCUUUUUUUGGUGAUAGAUAUUAAUACGACCUCCAUUGCUCCUUCAUCGACUGUCCUGUCAUAAUUCCUGUAAGUUCCAUUUCCAUGUACCUCUUUUAAUGCUCUAAAAUUUUAGCUCACAAACACCACUAGUUUUCUUUUACAGUUCAAAACCCUCGAUCUCUGGAUGAAUUUAUAUGAUUGUUUUAGGUUUAAUCAAAGAGAAUUUGCGCAUCGUUUAUCAUCUUAAGUUCAAUUUCUACAUUAUGAUGCUUGUAAUAUUCUGGCAUAUACUAAUUUGCGUUUGACAAAGGGCCUCAAAUUCGAAAACGCAGCAAUCAUGAGUUCCAGAAUGUCUGGACCUAUUGCCGGUUUAGGAAAAACCGACAUUGAAUAUUCCGAAGAGAAGAAGUAUAAGCUUUCCUUUAAGCAAAGGGCGAUAAAUGCUUCCAACAAAUUUAGGACUUCUUUUGGCAAGAAAAGCAGGAAAAAUGGGAAAGUCGUGUCUGUUGUUGAGCAUGUACAUGAUGCAGAGGAAUUGAAAAUAGUUGAUGCUUUUCGUCAAGCUUUAAUAUUGGAAGAAUUAUUACCCACUAAACAUGAUGAUUACCACAUGAUGUUAAGAUUUCUGAAGGCAAGGAAGUUUGAUAUCGAGAAGACGAAACAAAUGUGGGCUGAUAUGAUCAAAUGGAGGAAGGAUUAUGGUACAGACACAAUCAUGGAGGACUUUGAUUUCCAAGAAAAAGAGGAUGUUUUUAAAUACUAUCCUCAAGGACACCAUGGGGUUGAUAAGGAAGGAAGACCUGUUUAUAUCGAGCAACUUGCUUGCUCUAUCGCUGCCAAAAAGCACAUUGAUCAAAGCACCACCAUACUUGACGUACAAGGAGUGGGACUGAAAAACAUGAACAAAAAUGCUAGGGAACUUAUCCAAUUUCUCCAGAACAUUGAUGGAAACAACUACCCUGAGACUUUAUGCCGAAUGUACAUUGUCAAUGCGGGGACCGGGUUUAGGAUGUUGUGGAGCACCGUCAAAUCAUUCCUUGAUCCGAAGACUACUGCUAAGAUUCAUGUUUUGGGAACCAAAUUCCAAAACCAGCUCCUGGAAAUGAUUGAUGCUAGUCAACUUCCAGAGUUCUUGGGUGGAACCUGCAACUGUGCUGAUAAAGGUGGUUGCAUGCGAUCAGACAAGGGCCCAUGGCAAGACCCGGAAAUCAUGAAGAUGGUCCAUAAUGGUCAACAUAAAUGUUCAAAGAAUCAAAUCCCAGAAGAGAAGACAAUUUCAGAAGAUUGCCAAUCUGCACACACGAAAAGCUUUGCUUCCAACAAAGACCUCGAAUCUACCAAAAAGAAGGAGGACAUUAAGCAACCAAGUCUCCUUCCAUUGCAGGAACAAGACUUGGUGAAGAAUAACCAACCAAGGGUAGAAAAGUCAAAUGACCACAUACCUAUGGUUGACAAAGCUAUGGAUGAUUCAAUUUAUUAUCCAGUCCAUGAUGCUCGCAAACCUAUCUCUUCACCUGAUGGAAUAGGAAACCACCUUUUUAGUGGCAUGAUGACAUUGGUGAUGGGAGUUAUGACCAUGGUCCGUAUGACAAACAACAUGCCCAAAAGGCUUACAAAUGCCACACUUUACUCUAUUGGAAUCCAUGAUGAUGAUGAUGACAUGGUAAAAAAACAACCAGGAUCUUACAAGCUACAACCACCUGUCGUCUCAGCUGCUGAGUUCCUCUCGGUGAUGAAGCGUGUGGGAGAAUUGGAGGAAAAAGUUAUCAUCCUCAACAACCAACCAAACCAAAUGCCCCCUGAGAAAGAGGAAAUCCUUAAUAAGGCUUUGUCACGCGUUGAAGCCUUGGAAAUUGAGCUUGCUGCUACCCGAAAGUCUUUGGAGGAAUCACUUUGUCAACAACGAGAGGUUAUGGCGUACCUUGAGAAGAAGAAAAAGAAGAAGAGGUUUUUCCGUUUUUGAAGUAUGAGUAUUGUGAUGUGAAGCGAUCAUAGGAAGGGAAGGAACGUGAGAACCCUGUGUUGUUGUUGAUUUUGAGCCCAUGUUUAUCUAUGAAGAUUUGUUUUGUUGCGAUUUGGAAGGUUGUGUAUAAGUAUUUAUUUAUUGACAUUGUUUGGAAUUCUUUAUACAUUGUUUGUAUCUACGAGAUAAAGUCUGAGAGUGGGAGGCCAAAUGAUGGUGCUUCUCGUCUUAAGCUUUAGGUGUGUUUCUUCUUAUGAACCUAUGAAAUAUUACAUGAAUCUUGAUACGUCUUGUAUUACUCCUGUUCCA